CCCCAUUUCUAUUUCCGAAAUUGGAACCUAUAUAAUGACAAGAAAGUGAUCAAUCUAGCUCUCACAACUCUAGAUCAUCUCCGAACGGCUCCUUAAUUUGUCCAAGAGUUUCCAUCUUAUGGGUUCGACGGGAAAAGGGAGCCAGCUGCUGAGGAGCCGAGCCGAGUGGGACGGCGGCGAGGAAGACGACAGCUUAUUCGCGUUGCAGCUAGCAACCGCUGCAGUGCUUCCGAUGGUGCUGAAGGCAGCGGUGGAGCUGGACCUGCUGGAGCUGAUGGCUAAAGCCGGGCCGGGAGCAGCCGUCUCCCCUUCUAUGCUGGCGGCUCAACUCCCCACAACUAACCCGGACGCAGCCGUCAUGCUGGACCGGAUUCUCCGGCUGCUCUGCUCCCACUCUGUCUUGAAUUGCUCUUUCCGGACCCUCCCUGACGGCAGGGCGGAGCGGCUCUAUAGCCUUGCCCCAGUAUGCAAGUAUUUGACUAAGAACUCCGACGGCGCUUCUAUGGCGCCAUUCUUGCUCAUGAAUCAUGACAAAGUCUUCAUGGAAAGCUGGUAUCUCUUAAGAGAAGCAAUACUUGAGGGCGGGAUACCUUUCAACAUGGCGUACGAGAUGAGUUUAUUUGAAUAUCUCAGUAAAGACACAAAAUUCAACAAGAUCUUCAACCGUGGAAUAUCAGACCUCUCUACCCUUACAAUGAAGAAGAUUCUAGAAGGUUACAAUGGAUUCGAAGGGCUCAAAUCUUUGGUGGAUGUGGGUGGCGGAACUGGUGUCACUCUUAACAUGAUUCUCUCUAAACAUCCUAAUGUUAAGGGCAUUAACUUUGAUUUGCCUCACGCUAUUCAUGAUGCACUUCCUUAUCACGGAAUUGAGCAUAUCAGUGGAGACAUGUUUAUGGGUGUGCCCGAAGGAGAUGCCAUUUUUAUGAAGUGGAUAUGUCAUGAUUGGAGUGAUGAUCAUUGUCUGAAAAUCUUGAAGAAUUGCUUUGAAGCACUUCCGAAAGAUGGUAAAGUGAUUAUAGCAGAGUGCAUUCUACCAGAACAAUCAGACACCUCCCAAGCGGACAAAAGUGUGAUCCAAUCUGAUAUCCUCAUGUUAGCAUAUUGUCCCGGCGGGAAAGAGAGGACUGAAAAAGAAUUUGAGGUCCUCGCUAAGGGUGCCGGUUUCAAACAGUUUCGCAAGGUUUAUUUCGCUCUCAACACUUGGGUCAUGGAACUCUACAAAUGAAUCAACUCCAUCAUUUUGAACUUUCUGGUUUAGUUGUUCUAUUCGCACUUUCAUUUUUAGAAUAAAUGGACUUGUUGUGGGAACAAAAAUGAAAGAAUCCGGGGAUGAGGAACAUCCCAAUAAUAUAGUUUUAAUGUAGUUCUGUAAGGUGUUACUUUUAAGGCUAAAGGGUACAAAUAGACCCUCAAACUAACUUAAAAACUGCAAAUCACCCCUUAUAUAGGAGGUUUAUCCGGCCGUCGCUAUUUGGGGCGGUUCCCGGUGAAAUGUUUUGAUGAAAUUUUUUGAGCAUCUUCUUCAUUAAAUCUAAGUUACUUAUACCAAAUUUGAGCUAAAAAAUCAAUCGGGAAUGCAGUCAAAUGAAUUUUUGAAGAUAACUGCGUUGUUUAACAGCGCAGUACAUUUCUGAAAAAUCAUUUGACUGUCUUCCUCGUUGAAUUUUUAUCUCAAAUUUGGUAUGGGUGAACUAGACUUAAUAAGAAGAUGCAUAAAAAAUUUCAUCAAAAAAAUCCACCGGGAACCGCCCCAAAUGGCGAUGGUCGGACAGAGCCUCCUAUAUAAUGAGUGAUUUGCACUUUUUAAGUUAGUUCGAGGACAUAUUUGACCCUUUAGCCUAGUUUUAAUAGUCAUUUGAAUACAAUUAAUUGCUUAACUUGUGGGAUUAACUACCAUGCAUCCACCAUUAGUCCAUUACUCAAGUAACCAUGUAAUGACUUGUGUUGACAAAUGGAGUGGAUCGGAUUGGUACUGCUCUAAUAUCAUGACUGAACUCAACUAGUUAUAUUAGUUAUAUGGUCUCAUUUCUUUUUGGGCAUAAAUUUUAAUAAAG